AUGAAGGAAACGAUUGGCAACUGCUUCCACGCUAUCCUAGUUGACAACGGAGUCACACGUCUCAAUGAGUCGAACAAAACCUUCAUUGACCUUUUCGAGAAGCUGGCAGAGAACAUGCCCAGUGCCGGCAAAGUUGGGUGGUUCUCUCAGGGCACACUUUACCCCAAUGGUAUCGAGUCACUCUCCUUCAAGAAUCCCAGCGCGACCAUCGGGAACUGCUCCGGGCGUCGGAGGCCUGCCCGAGACCCUUCAACUGCAACUCAUCAAGCUGUUGAGAGAACUGUUCAAGAACGACAUCCGAAGCGCUUGGAUAAGCUGUUACCACGACUUACGACGUGGCCUCUAAGGGGAGCCCCGGAUUUCGUCGCGCUUUAA